AAAAAUGUUUUAAAAUUAAUUUGUUAAAUAAGUUCUUUGAAAUUCAAAAUAAAAUUAAUUCUAGUAAAUCUAGAACAUCAUAAAUCAGUCGCAUACAUAUGUGCAUUAGUGAGUCAACUGUGAUUGUUUUCUAUUUAAUCGAGUCAUAACAGCUUAGUUCUCAAGUGGUUUUAUGAUUGAGUGGACUGUCAAGAACUUAUCACGGCAUUGAUCUUGUUUUGUUUUUUUUGAGAAGUGCAGGAAGUUUGGAGAAAAUUUAAUUAAAAAUGAUCAUAAAAAUUCCUUGGAUCGCACCAAGUACGCAGAAUCAGUAUUUUGCAUCUAUUUUAGUCAGUUCCCUAGCAGUUAUUCAUGGCUGUGCCAUAGGAUGGACAUCUCCAAUUAUUCCAUAUUUAAAAUCUGAAGACACACAUUUGAAUGCAGGUCCAAUCACACCUCAACAAGCUUCAUGGAUCGGUGCAUGUCUUUCCCUUGGUGCUGUGUUUAGUAUUGUGAUAACUGGAAUAGCUGCUGAUUACUUUGGCAAGAAAGUAUGCUUAAUAGCACUUAGCAUCCCAGCUGUAUUGUUUUGGACAUUGACGUAUGUUUCGACUAAUGUUUUUCAUUUGUAUGCAGCAAGGACUGUGGCAGGUUUCUGCGGUGGAGGUCAGCUCAGAAUCGUUCCAUUAUUCAUCGGUGAACUAGCUGAAAGCAAUGUUCGAGGAAAACUUGGUGCCUUUUUCCCACUCGGGCUAAAUCUUGGAAUUUUCCUUAUUUUUGUUAUUGGAACUUACAUCGACUACUUUAUUAUCCCAUUUGUGAUAUUUCCAUUCAUUGUUGCUUAUUUUGUACUUAUGCUGUUUUUGCCGGAAACUCCACAAUAUUAUUUGAAGAAGCAAAAGGAAGAAGAAGCUUUGAAGUCACUGAAAUAUUACAGAAAUUGCAAUGACAAAGAUUCUCAAAAUUUAGAGAAUGUCCAAAAUGAAUUGUCAGCAUUGAAAAAGAACAUCCAAAGUCAGGGAAAGUUCGAAGUUAAUCUCAAAGAUUUCGUCGAAAAGAAGUCUCGUCGAGGUCUCUUCAUCAGCAUCUUCCUGGUCUUUAUUGGAGCAUUUUCUGGAAAUUUCACAAUUUUAACAUACACAGCUGAUAUUGUCAAAUCUGCAGGCUCUUCAUUCAAACCUAAUGAAGCAGCUAUGAUCAUUGCUGGAGUUCAAUUUAUUGGAAUCUACAUCACUAGUUUAUAUGUUGAUAAGUUUGGAAGGAAGGUCCUUAUGAGCAUAUCCUGUGUAGGAUCAGGGCUAUUCCUUAUGCUUCUAGCCACAUACUCAUAUGUAGACACAAAUUAUGAAUACGAAGGCAACCUUGGCUGGAUUCCAAUCUUCAGCUUGUCAAUGACAAUCUUAAUGAAUGCUUUUGGCAUCUGCUCACUUCCGUUCAUGAUUGUGACUGAGUUGGUGCCGCAGAAGAUCAGAGAAGCAACUGUAAUGAUCUGCAUGAUGCUCAUCACCCUUUUUGCAUUCAUCAAUCUUAAAGUAUAUCCUCCAUUAGUUGAAAGCAUCAGUUUUUAUAGCUGCAUGUACAUUUAUGGAGGAUUUUGUCUACUUGCAACAUUUGUUAUAGUCUUUGUGAUGCCAGAGACUAAAGGAAAGAAUCUGUUCCAAAAUUAACGAGAGUCGUGAAAUAAAAUAAUUUUU